AUGGUCAUCAUGAUCAUCAUGAUCAUCAUGAUCAUCAUGAUCAUGAUCCUGAUGAUGAUGAUGAGGUAUCCUCCACUUCUUACGCAAAGUUCUUCAUCAUGGCUCUGUGAGUCCGAGAGAGGCAGAAGACGGUUUACCAUGCAGUUGGAAUUCCUCAUAAGCAUGGAGGGAGCAAGCCAACUCGACCUGUACCCAGUGGAGGCCCUCACGACGUGCAACCACGCCCUAGCAGUGUGCAACUCAGAGCCCAAGUGCAUCGCCCUGUUCGACCAGUUCAAGGCCGACUGUAAAGUGAGGGACAAGAAAUGCCGCAUGGACAGCCGGGAGCGGUGCUUCCAGUCAUGGAAAAACAUGAGGAAGACCCCCAUCUUCGGCUGCAUCUGCCCCACCAAUCACAUGAAGCGGCGGUGCGACCGGAUCUUUAGCACACUCAACUACAACAGAUGUGUCGGCUAUGACGCGGUGGAGCCCGAGGCGGUGGGCGAGCAGACGCAACUGUCGUUCCGCUCCACCUGCCAGACGGCCCUGGACGCGUGCUACCAGAAGUUCGCCUGCAACCGCGCGCUCAAGCCCGUGCUGCGCCACUGCUCGGACUUCUCCCGCUGCUCGCAGCCGCAGUGCCUGGAGUCGCUGCAGCAGUUCUACCGCACCAUCGACGUCAACAACUCCGUGGACAUCGCAUUCUGCCAGUGCAAGUGA